UCGCACCUUGUUCUCGACGGUCAUCGUGCUCAUUGUCCACCCCGUAGUCUUGCCCAACUUUGUUCAGGCGCGCACUAAUCCCACCCUCGUCCUUCCUUUGCCUCGUUCGCUGCCCCUAGGCCACCUCAUCCUCAACGUCCACGUCUCUCAAAGCACGAGCACUUACCGCCGUCUUUCUGCGACUUGCACGACACAGCCAUGUCCAACACAGAUCAGGAAAAAGCCAUCGCCAGCUCGAGCGAAAAAGAUGACCAGGUGCUCGAAGUGAAUGACGGCGAGAAGGUUUCGGAUCAGCCCCUGCCUACACCUGUCACCGCCACUGUUAACCCCCGUCCAUCGAACAAGCCGAAGCUCUCUGCGGCUACCAUCAUCCCCAUCUGGAUUGUCCUCAGCUCUUCUGUGAUCAUAUACAAUAAUUAUGUGUAUAACACGCUGCAAUUCCGAUUCCCCGUGUUCAUGGUGACAUGGCAUCUUACGUUUGCGGCGAUCGGAACUAGGGUGCUCCAACGCACCACCCAUCUCCUGGAUGGGUUGAGGGACGUGAACAUCACGAAGGACGUUUUCAUCCGUUCGAUCCUGCCGAUUGGCCUCCUGUUCAGCGCGUCGCUCAUUCUCAGCAACACCGCGUAUCUCUAUCUGAGCGUUGCCUACAUCCAGAUGCUAAAGGCGUUCGUUCCGGUGGCGAUUCUCCUCAUCUCGUGGACGUUUAGGAUUCAGGAGCCGAGCAAGAAGCUCGCAAUGAUCGUCAUGAUGAUCUCUUGUGGUGUCGCGCUUGCCUCGCAUGGCGAGCUGCACUUCAACCUCAUCGGUUUCCUUACGCAGGCUGCUGCGGUUGUGUUCGAAGCUUCCCGGCUGGUCAUGAUCCAGAUUCUCCUGCACGGGCUAAAGAUGGAUCCGCUCGUCUCGCUCCACUACUAUGCACCCGUUUGUGCGGUCAUCAAUCUUGCCGUGCUUCCAUUCACCGAGGGGCUCGAGCCGUUCCGCGAGGUUAUGCGCGUUGGCCCGUUGAUCAUGGUGAGCAAUGCGGCGGUGGCGUUCCUACUCAACAUCGCAGCGGUGUUCCUCGUCGGUGCAGGCAGCGGCCUCGUGCUCACGCUCGCGGGCGUGUUCAAGGACAUACUGCUUAUCAGUGGUUCUGUGCUUGCCUUCGGCACGCCGAUCACGCCGCUCCAGGUCGUCGGCUAUUCGAUCGCCCUGGGCGGUCUCGUCCUGUACAAGACCUCCGGCUCCAAGUAGGGACAGACACUUGCAUCGGACAUUACGCCUCCCAUAUCUAUCGUACAAUUGGUUUAUAUCAUACAUACAAGUCGGGCCGUGCCUCGCUGUUGCUGGGUGCUGGUCGCUGUACAUACACAUCACUAACGUGGACGUCGCGUUGCUGGCCACCCUCGCCUCC